CCAACUCCGGGCCCUCUCUAAUAAGCAGGCGCAUCCCAUGUUCCACAAUCUGCAGCGCAUCAAAACCGUCGCAUCUUCCGCCCACCGCCCGCUCGGCAUCAGCUAGACAUGGCGGGUAACGACGGGACCGCAUCUCAUGACGCCCAGCCGCCCACGGCGCCACAGCAGGUCGGCACCGCAACCGACGGCCUCAUGAUCGAGGUGAUUGCAGACGCCGACGACUUGGCCCUUGCCUUUGACUGCACUUGCGAGGCGUUCGGUCGCCAGACUAAAGAUGUCAUAUGGACGACCCUGAACCCAGGGUGGGACACUCCCGAGGGCAGACAGCGAGCCAUCGAUCUCCUAGUGAGGCGCUGGCGCAGCACGACGACAGAUGCGCGCGGCCGUCCCAACGCCGUGUUUCUCAAGGCCACCCUGCCCGCCGUUCCCCAAGCAGACUAUUCGCGGCCGUCACGCGUCCUCGCCGGCUUCGCCAUCUGGCUCCAGGCGUCGGCGGUCAAGGGCUACGGCGACGCGCCCGCCAAGGAUCUCGGCCAGGUGAUGGACCUGGAGGCCAUGUUCCCUGGAGACGAGCCUUUGCAGCGGUUCGCCCGCCAGAUCGACGCGUCUUUGCACCGCCAGCGAAUCCAGGUGAUCAAGCACAAGCGGGAGAUCAAUGCCUCGCCCCCCGCAAUCAUGGUUCUGGACAUUUGCUGCGUGGACCCCAAGUUCCAAGGGAGGGGGGUCGGCAAGGCCCUCGCGAAAUGGGGCGUCGACGAGGCGCGGGCCAGGGGCGGUAUUGAGGCCGUCACGGAGGCGUCCGUCAUGGGGAGGCGGGUGUAUGAGAAGCUGGGCUUCCGGCAAGAAGGGCCCGAGAUUGUGUACGAUGUAGAUGAUGAGGUUGCGGGUCGUGGUUUGCCGUCCAACAUUUUCAUGCGAACGGGGCUUUUGUCUUAGAAAGACAGUUUUCAUCUGACGCCCUCUGUCUAUUGAUCCGUGGAUCACGUCCUCAAUACGACUUGGGCAGCCCAAGCACCCGCUGGCCAAUAUAGUUGAGAAUCAUCUCACGGCUCACCGG